CUAACAUCUCGUGUUCUUUUAUCUGCUCUAUACUACUUCCUUAGCUUUUCCAUAAACACAAGGAGUAAAAGAGGUCAGGUUACCUGUUAUGCUUUUGUUUUUCCUCAACAAUUAUUCUCCUUUUCCUACUCAGUUUGAACACAAUUUCAGGAUCCUGUUCUUCCUUUCUGGUUGAUGCUAGAAUCCUUUCUAUUUGUUUAAUCAAAAUAUCACUAGUUUUCUGUAGGGACCCAUGUUGGUAUUUGUCUUGAUAUGCACUUCAUUGUUGAGGGAGUAAGUCACCUUGUUUUUCCUUCUUCUAUGUCUGUCCCUUUUCUUGUAAUUUAGUUUAAUAUUGUCCCUGUGUGAGAAGUGAAUUGUCUAUGGAAUCAGUACCCAAAUUAUGCACUAGAGUUUAAGCCAAGUUAGCACCUUCCUUUUUGUGUUUGUUUUAUCAAUUUUGCUUCAUCCAUUUUGAGUUUUUCUUGUGCCUGAUAGUCCCGUUUUGUCUAAAUAACCUCAUGAGAACCUUAAUGGCUUUUAGUCAAGUUGUCAUUGUUCUAUUCAUCAUCUCGCUGAGAGCAAGUUGUUAUGGACAAGCAGAACUUGAUGUAGCUCCAAUGGAGAAAGUAGAGAGGAAUGCUCUAUACUCCACCAUUCAAGGCUUCGUAGGUGAUUGGUGGAAUGGCUCUGAUCUCUAUCCAGAUCCUUGUGGUUGGACUCCUAUUCAGGGGGUCUCUUGUGAUCUGUUUAAUGGAUCUUGGUAUGUAACUGUCUUGAACAUUGGACCCAUCCACGACAAUUCUUUAAGUUGUGCCAAAAUUUUGGAAUUUAGACCACGGUUGUUUGAGCUCAAGCACCUUAAAGCUCUAUCAUUCUUCAAAUGCUUUCAAUCACAGCACAGGCAUCAGGUUACCAUUCCCACUGCAAACUGGGAGAAGCUGGCUGGUAGCUUAGAGUCACUUGAGUUUAGAUCAAACACAGGUCUCAUUGGAAAAAUUCCUUCAAGUUUUGGUGUGCUCAAGAACCUUCAGUCACUAGUACUUUUAGAAAAUGGUUUAACAGGUGAAAUUCCACCAGAUAUUGGCAACCUCAACAAGUUGAAGAGGCUUGUUCUAUCUGGAAACUAUAUUACUGGACACAUACCAGAUAUUUUUAGUGCACUAGGUCAGUUACUAAUACUAGAUUUAAGUAGAAAUUCACUGUCUGGAAACUUGCCUUUGACACUUGGAAGCUUAACUUCACUUUUGAAGCUUGACGUGAGCCAUAAUCAUUUGGAGGGGAAUCUGCUGAAGGAAUUUGCUUAUCUUAAAAAUCUGACCCUCAUGGACCUUAUGAAUAACAGAUUCUCUGGAGGGUUGACUUUGAGUAUUCAAGAGAUGUAUUCUUUAGAAGAAAUGGUUUUGUCCAACAAUGCAAUAGGUGGAAAUAUCAGGACCUUAAAGUGGGAAAAUCUUCAGAACUUGGUCAUUUUGGAUCUCUCUAACAUGGGUUUGACAGGAGAAAUUCCUGAGUCUAUAUCAGAAUUGAAGAGGUUGAGAUUUUUAGGCCUUAGUGACAAUAACCUCACAGGCCACCUUUCACCAAAACUAUCAACCCUUCCUUGCCUCAAUGCACUCUAUGUUAACGGCAAUAAUCUUGUAGGAGAGCUUAAAUUCUCUAUGGAGUUUUAUGGAAAAAUGGGAACACGUUUUGGGGCCUGGAACAAUCCCAGCCUUUGCUACCUAGUUGGAGUAAUGUCAACAAGUCAUGUUCCAUAUGGAGUAAAACCAUGCCAGCAAGAGAUCAAAUUUGUAGAAUCCAAUACAAAAAAUGUGGAUAUGAACAAGACUAUGCACUCCAUAGCCUCUUUGGGAUUUUUGAUUCAUGCUCCUAAUGGAUUCUGGUGGACUUUGUUGCAAGAAAUAUUGAUGAUGUGUUUCUUAUUUAAUUCUCAUAUAGGUCUUUAAUCAAGAAGUGUUCAACUUGGCCUAAAACUUUUUAGGGGCAUUACAGCAACCUGUAUUGUUCUUUUCUAUUUUGUUUUAAUAUAUAAGCUUAUAGAGUCUUUUCAAUUUUUUAGUUGGCCUGAGGCGAUGAUCUCUUAACAUUAUUCAGCUCAUUUAAUUAAUCUAUUUA